AUGGCUCAUUCAAAGACGAGAGCCAAUGAUGGAAAAAUCACAUAUCCUCCAGGAGUCAAAGAAAUCUCUGAUAAAAUAUCUAAAGAAGAGAUGGUGAGAAGGCUAAAGAUGGUUGUGAAAACGUUUAUGGAUAUGGACCAGGACUCUGAAGAAGAAAAGGAGCUCUAUCUGAAUCUUGCUUUGCAUCUUGCUUCAGACUUUUUCCUCAAACAUCCUGAUAAGGAUGUGCGUUUGUUGGUAGCAUGUUGUCUUGCUGAUAUUUUCAGAAUUUAUGCCCCUGAAGCUCCAUACACUUCACCAGAUAAACUAAAGGAUAUAUUUAUGUUCAUAACAAGGCAACUUAAGGGUUUAGAGGAUACAAAAAGCCCCCAGUUCAAUCGGUAUUUUUAUUUGCUUGAGAACAUUGCUUGGGUCAAAUCUUAUAAUAUAUGCUUUGAAUUAGAAGACAGCAAUGAGAUUUUUACACAGUUAUAUAGAACCCUGUUUUCAGUAAUAAACAAUGGUCAUAAUCAAAAAGUUCACAUGCACAUGGUUGAUCUAAUGAGCUCUAUCAUUUGUGAGGGAGAUACCGUGUCACAGGAACUUUUGGAUACAGUGUUAGUUAAUUUAGUGCCAGCACAUAAGAAUUUAAACAAGCAAGCCUAUGAUUUGGCAAAGGCUUUACUGAAGAGGACAGCACAAGCAAUUGAACCAUACAUUACUAACUUCUUCAAUCAGGUCCUCAUGCUCGGCAAAACAUCAAUUAGUGACCUGUCCGAGCAUGUGUUUGACUUGAUUCUGGAGUUAUACAAUAUUGACAGUCACCUCUUGCUUUCUGUUCUGCCACAGCUUGAAUUCAAACUUAAGAGCAAUGACAACGAAGAACGUCUGCAAGUUGUAAAACUUCUAGCAAAAAUGUUUGGGGCGAAGGAUUCAGAGUUGGCUUCUCAAAACAAGCCACUUUGGCAGUGCUACCUGGGGAGGUUUAAUGAUAUACAUGUACCUAUUCGUCUUGAAUGUGUGAAAUUUGCGAGUCACUGCCUUAUGAACCAUCCCGACCUAGCAAAAGACUUAACAGAAUAUCUUAAAGUAAGAUCACAUGAUCCUGAAGAAGCCAUAAGGCAUGAUGUUAUAGUAUCCAUAGUUACUGCUGCUAAAAAAGAUCUUUUGCUUGUCAAUGAUCAUCUGCUUAAUUUUGUCAGAGAACGAACACUGGACAAGCGGUGGAGAGUGAGGAAGGAAGCUAUGAUGGGACUUGCACAGAUAUACAAGAAAUACUCAUUACAAUCAGAAGCAGGAAAAGAAGCUGCAAAGCAGAUAUCAUGGAUCAAAGAUAAACUUUUGCAUAUAUAUUACCAAAACAGUAUUGAUGACCGGUUACUUGUUGAACGUAUCUUUGCUCAGUACAUGGUCCCUCACAACUUGGAAACAAAUGAACGAAUGAAGUGUUUGUAUUACCUUUAUGCAACGUUGGAUUCAAAUGCUGUGAAAGCACUGAAUGAAAUGUGGAAAUGUCAAAAUCUGCUACGACAUCAAGUCAAGGAUUUAGUUGACCUAAUAAAACAACCCAAAACAGAUGCCAGCAGUAAAGCUAUAUUCUCAAAAGUAAUGGUUAUAACACGAAACCUUCCUGAUCCAGGGAAAGCUCAAGAUUUCAUGAAAAAGUUCACACAAGUUCUAGAAGAUGAUGAAAAAAUAAGAAGUCAGUUAGAAAUGCUUGUUAGCCCAACGUGUUCUUGCAAACAAGCUGAAGGAUGUGUGAGGGAAAUAACAAAGAAGUUGGGCAAUCCAAAGCAACCCACAAAUCCUUUUCUGGAAAUGAUAAAAUUUCUUCUUGAGAGAAUUGCUCCCGUGCACAUUGAUACUGAAUCCAUCAGUGCCCUUAUCAAGCAAGUAAACAAGUCUAUAGAUGGAACAGCUGAUGAUGAAGAUGAGGGAGUACCCACUGACCAGGCAAUCAGAGCAGGUCUUGAGUUGCUUAAGGUACUUUCAUUUACACACCCUAUCUCAUUUCAUUCAGCUGAAACUUUUGAAUCUCUCCUGGCUUGCUUGAAAAUGGAUGAUGAAAAAGUGGCAGAAGCUGCAUUACAGAUUUUCAAAAAUACAGGAAGCAAAAUUGAGGAAGACUUUCCUCAUAUAAGAUCUGCUUUGCUUCCAGUGUUGCAUCAUAAAGCUAAAAAGGGACCACCUCGUCAAGCCAAGUAUGCUAUUCACUGCAUCCAUGCAAUAUUUUCCAGCAAAGAAACCCAGUUUGCGCAGAUAUUUGAGCCACUGCAUAAAAGCCUGGAUCCAAGCAAUUUUGAGCAUCUUAUUACGCCGUUGGUUACUAUUGGCCAUAUAGCCAUGCUAGCACCUGAUCAGUUUGCUGCCCCUUUGAAAUCUUUGGUUGCCACUUUUAUUGUUAAAGAUUUGCUAAUGAACGAUAGGCUUCCAGGAAAGAAGACAACAAAACUUUGGGUCCCAGAUGAAGAAGUGUCUCCUGAAACUCUUGUUAAAAUUCAGGCCAUCAAGAUGAUGGUUCGAUGGUUGCUAGGAAUGAAGAACAACCACAGCAAGUCAGGAACUUCCACUCUGAGGUUGUUAACAACAAUAUUACAUAGUGAUGGAGAUUUAACAGAGCAGGGAAAAAUUAGUAAACCUGAUAUGUCACGGCUGAGGCUGGCUGCAGGGAAUGCUAUUGUGAAAUUGGCACAAGAACCUUGUUACCAUGAAAUAAUCACCUUAGAACAGUACCAGCUAUGUGCACUAGCCAUAAAUGAUGAAUGUUACCAAGUGAGACAAAUAUUUGCUCAGAAACUUCACAAAGGCCUUUCUAGACUACGGCUGCCACUAGAAUAUAUGGCUAUUUGUGCACUGUGUGCGAAAGAUCCCGUGAAAGAAAGGAGAGCUCAUGCUAGGCAGUGCCUUGUGAAGAACAUAAAUGUCAGAAGAGAAUAUCUGAAGCAACAUGCAGCAGUUAGUGAGAAACUAUUGUCACUUCUACCAGAGUAUGUUGUUCCAUAUACUAUCCAUCUUCUAGCUCAUGAUCCAGAUUAUGUUAAAGUCCAGGACAUUGAACAACUCAAGGACAUUAAAGAGUGCCUGUGGUUCAUACUGGAAAUAUUGAUGGCUAAAAAUGAAAACAACAGUCAUGCAUUUAUCAGAAAAAUGGUAGAAAAUAUCAAACAGACCAAGGAUGCUCAAGGACCAGAUGAUCCAAAAAUGAAUGAAAAACUAUACACGGUCUGUGAUGUAGCAAUGAAUAUCAUUAUGUCAAAGAGUACCACAUACAGUUUGGAAUCCCCUAAAGACCCUGUGCUUCCAGCCAGAUACUUUACUCAACCUGACAAGAAUUUCAGUAACACCAAAAAUUAUCUUCCUCCGGAAAUGAAGUCUUUUUUCACUCCUGGAAAGCCCAAAGCAGCCAAUGUUCUUGGAGCAGUUAAUAAGCCUCUUUCGUCAGCAGGCAAGCAGUCUCAAUCCAAAUCUUCACGAAUGGAAACUGUAAGCAAUGCCAGCAGCAGUUCAAAUCCAAGCUCUCCAGGAAGGAUCAAAGGGAGACUUGACAGUACUGAAAUGGACCACAGUGAAAAUGAAGAAUUCACAUUGUCUUCGCCCUUACCAGGGAAGAAAACCGACAAAAGGGACGACUCUGAUCUUGUAAGGUCAGAGAUAGAGAAGCCUAGAGGAAGGAAGAAAACAGCUAUCACAGAAUCAGAAGAGAAACUAAGCAUAGAUGACCUGAAUAAACUGGGUCAAGAGCAGAAACUUAGAGGUAGUCAACGAGGAAGGAAGAGACCUGCAGUUGUUUCAGAAUCUGAUGAAACGCAAUGGCAAGAGGAAAAAAGACUAAAAGAUGAUGUAAUAGAAAGUGAGGAUGAACAGAACAGUCCACCAAAGAAAGGGAGAAGAGGACGCCCUCCCAAAGGAAAUAAUGGGGCAACACCAAAGGAAGAACCAGUAGCAAAAUCAUCAAAAAGAAACAAAAAAAAACAACCACCAGCAGCUGCAGCAGAAGAGGAGGAAGAGGAAGAAGAAAGACAAACUGAAAACAUUGAACAGAAACCAAAAGGCAGGCAAAAUAGGACACAGAAAAGAACACAACAGAGAGCAGAACCAUCUGAAACUAGUACAGUUGAAUCAGCACAGUCUACGCCACAGAAAAGACGAGGAAGGCGAUCAAAAACACCACCAUCACAGCAAAAAAAAGUCCGUGCAGGACGUUCUAAACAAGCAGCCAGUAAAGAAAAUGAAUCUAGUGAAGAGAUGGAUGUAUUUCAGAGUAGUUCACCUGUCAGUGAUGACAUUCCCCAGGAAGAAGUAAUGGAAGAAGAGGAAGUUUCCACAAUCAAUGUCCGUCGCAGAACUUCCAAAAGGGAAAGGCGAUGA